AUGGCGCAGCCGCCGCAAUGGAAGGCGAUGUACCAGUAUGUGGCGAUACGGGCGCACGACGGCUGCGCCCGCGUCGAGAAAAGUGUCGCCGACGCGCGUAGGGUGCUGGCGUCCCCACUGGUGCUGGACACCCGCAACGCCGCGGGGCGGUACACCUCGUUGCACUCCGCGAUGACCCACGUCGAGCACGCAUCCGGCUGCCUCUCCGGUGUCAUAUUCAGCAUGGUGGUGGCCGAGAUCCUGGCGCUCCAUGGCUGCGGGGCCGUCCCGUCGAGGCCGCUGGCUGGCAUUGGCGACCUCCGCCGCGACCGCGACAACCACGACGAAUGGCUCGCUCUGACCAGGCUCGAGGCCGCCAGGGAGCACGCCCAGGACGCGCUCCGCGGGGUGGAGGGUGCCUUCACCCUCCUGGCCUCCGUCCGGUUCAUGCUUCACAGCCGGACCCCCGACGCUGCCGGGCGCCGGCAAGCCAUGGAAGAGCAGCUCCACGCCGCCGCCGUCGAACUCCAGGCCGUGGUAGGCAGCGUGGCCAACAUGUCCGCGCUGGCCUUCUUGGCCACCCAGCCUGCCAUCUGCAACCGCAUCCAGUGA